AGUUCAGAACUCCUCGGACCUGCCCAGUACAUUAUGUCAGCUGUCAAUGACACCAAAUUCAACUCUGCAGUGUUCCUUCUCACCGGGUUCCCAGGUGAGGAAGACGUCCAUCUCUGGAUUUCUAUCCCCUUCUGCUUAAUGUAUGUUAUUUCGAUAGUAGGAAAUUCAGUCAUUCUGUUCAUUAUAAAAACAGAUCCAACCCUCCAUGAGCCCAUGUACAUUUUCCUUUCCAUGUUGGCCACCACAGACCUUGCCUUAUCGAUAUCCACCAUGCCAACGACACUGGGUAUAUUCUUUUUUAACUCUAGGGAGAUCAGCUUUGAUGCCUGUUUUGCCCAGCUGUUCUUCAUCCACUUGCUCGAAUGCAUUGAAUCCUCUGUGCUCUUGUUGAUGGCCUUUGACCGCUUCAUUGCGAUCCGUAACCCACUGAGAUAUGCCUCCAUCUUAACUCUGCCGAGAAUAGGCAAGAUGGGACUGGUGUGUGUGCUAAGAGGGGUGGCUGUAAUUCUCCCGCUCCCUUUUCUUCUUCAACGGUUCCAAUAUUGUCGAUCCAAUGUCCUCUCCCAUUGCUACUGCAUAAACCAGGACGUCAUGAAGAUGGCUUGUUCGGAUAUCAGAGUAAACAGUAUCUAUGGCUUGUCGAUUGCACUCUUGACAGUGGGGUUAGACUCGCUGCUCAUCUUCCUCUCUUAUGUGAUGAUCCUUAAAACAGUGCUGAGCAUCACGACCCAAGUGGAGUGUCUUAGGGCCCUGAACACCUGCAUCUCCCACCUCUGUGCCAUCCUGCUCUUCUAUGUGCCAAUGAUCGGCCUUUCCAUGGUACACAGAUUCGGGGAGGACUCUUCUCACUUGCUUCAGAUUCUCCUGGGCUACGUCUACCUGCUCAUCCCACCUCUGAUGAACCCAAUUGUGUAUAGUGUGAAAAGCAAACACCUUCGUGAGAGGAUAAUCAGGGUGUUCAUCAAGUGA